AUGCAACCUGGUGUUGCCAGUGCUAGGGUUGCAAUCGCACAAGAGGACGACGAUGAUGUUUCUGAGCAGACUGUUGAAAACUAUGGUGGACGUGGGCAGCACUUUGAACGACACUUCUGCAAUUGGUUGCUGGUUUUGUUUAGCCGUUGUAGGCCGAAAGAGAUGGAGGAAGCUGCAGUUGUUAGCUGGUCAAUUUGGCGGGCCUGUAAUGACUUUUUUUGGCAACAAAGGAGCCGUACUGCUGCAAAUGUGGGUCCUUCAACAAGAACUCUGCUUGAUCAAUACAAAUCUACUCAAAAAGAAAAGGGUCUUUCUUUGUCUUUGUUGAUUGAUGGGAACCGUGUGCUUGAGCGUUGGACUGCACCUGCUAUAAAUAAGAUCAAAGUUAAUGUUGAUGACGCUUUGUUUGAGCGAGAAGGCCGGUUUGGUUUUGGUUGUGUGGCUCGAGAUUCCAGCAAUAAUUUGGUAGAAGCUUACACGAUGGGAAAGGUGGGGUGGGUGUAA